AUGGCAGCCAUCCUCAAGCCGCUCACCAUGCCCAAUUUGUCGCCCUCCCGCUACGAAACCGCCUCGCCGCCCUCGGUGAGCAGCGUCGACGUCCAUCGGUCAGUUUCUUGAAAAAACGAGCGGUUGAAAACGGAAAAAAAUGACUUUUUUUUUAAAAAGAAGCUUUAUGUAGAUCCUAGACGUUCAUUGGUCAUUUUUUUGUCGUGUUUCUUUAAAAACCGAGCGGUUGAAAUCGGAAAAGUAAGCUUUUUUUUGAGAUUCUACACUUUCAUCGGUCAGUUUCUGUCGUAUUUUUCGAAAAAACGAGCGGUUGAAAAACGGAAAAAGAAGCUUUUUUUGAGAUUCUCCACGUUCCUCAGUCAGCUUCUGUCGUAUUUUUCGAAAAAUAAAUAAUUGAAAAGGGAAAAAAAAGCCUCAAUGAGACCUUUAGAACAUAGAAAAGCCUCUUACGCGCUAAAGUAAAAUUCGAAAAUGUCCCGAACCUGGCCCAACUUUUUGAAGAUUUGGAUCCGGCCCAAGUUUAUAUUUUACAAGGAGAUUUUUUUAGAUUUCUAAUGAUGCGUUGAAUUUUUUUAUCUUUUUUUCAUGGAAGGUUUCUGGAUUUUUUUAUUUUUUUUACUGUCUAAAAAGAGUCAUAAAAAAAGGCUUGAGGAUUUUUUUCCUAUAAAAAAAUGCCUUUUUUUAGUAUAUUUUUUUCGAAUUUCCCCUUUAAUCUACACUGAUUUUGAGCUUUUUUUCCCGAUUUUUUGGUUCUAUUUUGGAACGUAAGAAGGGAUUUUCUAUUAAAAGAAAAAAAUCUAAACUUGACUUUUUUUAAGAAUUUUCUUUCAAUUAACGUGAAAAAGAUCAAUUUUUUCUCGAUUCUUGGUCGGAAAAACGGAAAAAAGGCAAGAUUCAAGCUAGGAAAGUAGUUAUUAGCUGUAGAAAAAGCGAAAUUUCGUUAAUUUUGUUCUGAUUUUUGACCUAAAAAUCGAAAAUCAAGCUUGAGAACGAAAUUCCUCCAAUUUCCUGAACGAAAUGAUCAUCUGCCGGUUCAGGAUCGAUUCGGGUAGCUGUUCGACGGAAGCCGUCGUGAUGGUCAAACUGACCGACGAGCUGUACAAUCUCUUGUCUAACUCCAAGAAGCCGGUCCGAGUGAAAGUCGACGAACAGGUUUUUUUUUAUUCAUUUUUUUAUUCAUUUUUUUAUUUUUCGAAAGUUUCUUGUUGUAUUUUUGUAGAUUUCCUGUUUUUUGCAUUCUUUCGUUCAGAAAAUUGAGGGGUUUUGAAGAAAAUGGAUAGUUUUGGGUCGAAUUUGUUGGGAUUUUUAGUACAGUUUUUUUGUUAGGGAAAAGGACUUUUAUUGAAUAAAUUGAAGAGAAGACAGGUUAUUUUGGGGUUUUACUAAUGAAAAAAAUCGAUUUUUUUGGAAGGUUUAGGUUUUUUUAAGAACUCAAGAUAUUGAUUUUUUUAGGAAUUUAACGCUUUAAUUUCCGAUUUUAAAGCCAUUAAAAUUGAAAAAAAUCUUUGAAAUUUGUACAGUUAAUGAAAUUUCUCGUCGUUUCAUUCAUUUUGGACCAAUUUUUCGGUGUUUUUAGCAUCUUUCAAGUACUAAUUUUAUUCAAAUAUUACUUAUUCUAAUUGAAAAAAAUUUUGUGUUUGAAUAUUUUUUUCUUUUAAAAGAUUUUUUUAAAUGUGAAUUUUGCUUUUUUCGAGCAUUUUUCCAGAUUUUUAGGCUCUUUUUCUUUGAUUUUUUUGAACUUUCUGUUAGGGGUUUUUGCAAGUUAUUUGAUUUUUCUAGGGCAAGGGAACUUGAAAAAAACAUUUUUGAAACGCCUUAUUUUAAAAAUAUUUGUUUGAAUAUUUUUUUCUUUGAAACGAAUUUUUUUCAUGUAAUUUUGGUCCUUUUUUUGAGCAUUUUUUUCCAGUUUUUUUAGGCUUUUUUUCUUUGAAUUUGGCGCUUCUUACUAAGGAUUUUUGCAAAUUACGUCAUUUUCUAGUGGAUUAAACUUAAAAAAACUGAAUUUUGAACGAUAAAUCAACUUUUUCCAUUGAAAAAGGUGCUCAAAAUUGCUUCUCCCCAUUUUUUCUUCUCUAUGAAAAAAAUCAACUUUUCGAGGCUAAUCUCUGAUCGUUUGGCUUAUUUGAAUAGUUAUAAGGAUCAUCCAAAAUAACAAAAAUAUUUUUUUUGAUAUUUUUCCACUUGACGGGAAAGUUUAAAACGGCAACAUUUCCAUGCACCUGCCGUUACGUCAAACAAAAGGAACGAAUAAGAGAGAGAAAAAAAAAUAUUGUUUUGUACACUCAAAUCGCUUCUUUUUCCGCCCCUUCCGUCUUUGUUUUACAGUCGCCCAACAGUGACGACGAUAAAUUGAGAAGGAAGGAAGGAAUAUCUGAACCCGUUUUUGAGGAAAGAUUUAUCUUUUCUGGCCCCUUUUCACAAGUGAAUGAAAGACAAAAUUCCGUUUUUACGGAGCUUUUUGAACAUUUUGAGGUGGAAUUCAUGGCCUUGUACCUUUUUAAAAUCAAGUUGAAUUUUUACUUGGGUGAAAAAAGGAAAAUAUUAAUUAUUAAUGAAAGAUUUUCCGGGUUUUUUUGCAGCUUUCUUCUGAAAAAUUUACAUUUUUUUAGAUUAAAAAGCUCGAAUUUUGUUCUUUAAGAUGAUUAUGACCCGGUUUUUACGAUUUUUUUCGCCAAUUUGAGCUUUCAAAAAUGAAAAAAAGAACAGUUUUAAUUGAGAAAAAUUGAAUUUUUUUAUAUAGUUUUAAAAAAACAACUACGUUUUUACUUUGAUUUCUAGAAAGAAUUUUACGAAAUUCUCAAUUUUUUUCUGUUUCACUCAAAAAUUUAUAAUGAAGUUAGAGAUCUAUGUAAUGCUUAUUCGGAUUCCGUCGCUGAUUAAAAAUUUGAAGAUUAUUAUUUUUUUCAAAAAGAAUAUUAUUUUAAAAAUACUUUUUUUGUUAUAAACCCCUUUUUUUAGGUUUUGAAUAAGGUUUUUUUCUAAACUAAAUUUAAUUAAAUUAAAAAAAGAACAUUCUGCUCGAAUUUUUUUCUCGGAUUCGGAAUUUUGUAGUAAUUUUUUUAGAAAGUUUUCUGAGCUCUUAUUCAAAUUUAUCGCAGUUUCCUGUUUCAAAAAUUGUUUUUUUUAACAGGAAUAAUUAGAAAAAGAAGUUUAUUCGUCGACUUCUAAAAAGAAAAAUCAGUUUGAAAGAGGAAAAAAAUCGUGAAAAUUUUUUUAUUUCUUCGAUUUUUUUCUCUUUUUCUUUGACAAAAUGAUGACAAUAGUUGGUAGUUGAAGUGCCAGUCAGAUUUAAACUCCUAUCGUCUGGAUUUUUCGAUUCUCUUGUCUUGGAACUGUCAUUUUUGGAAUGAGGAAACUUUGGACGUUUUUUUCCGGCAUUUUUGGACUUUUCAUUGAAGGCUGAGCUGUCUGGGAACUGUCAGAAGGGUGUUGGAAUUUUUAACGAGAGGAAAGAUUUUUUUUUGAAGGGUUUGAGGGUCCAUUUGCUUCUUGAAACGAAAAAAUUUUCCACCUUUUCCCUUCAAAAUGAAUAAAAAUCGAUCAUCCUCACUUCCUCCAUAAUUUAUCAAAAUUUUCAUCAUCAUUAUUCAUUUUUUUUUGCCUAAUAGUCUGCCGUUAGAAAGGCAAAAAAUGAUGAUGACGCCGAGGCAAAAGCCGCCGUCGAAGGUGUUCUCAAUAGCCAUAAUCCAUGAAGAUUCCGCCUCGAAAAACCGGUUCGGGUCGGGCCAACGACGGGCGCUAGGAUCGAUUUUGAUUGUCCUCCUCGGUCUCCCGCGCAACCCGUGUGUCUGAUCACUUUCAUUUGUUAUCAGUGUAGGGGUAUGCGUGUGUGUGAUUGGUUUUUGCGCUUUUUGAGACGCAAAAUGAUUGGGAAUCGGAGAGGUCCUCGAGGGGUCACAGUGAUUAAGGGGAAAGUUAAGAGUUUCGAGGUUAUCGAUUUUUGAUGAAUCGAUAGGGAUUUGGCUCGUUUUGAGCUGUUUCGAUGGAAAAAGUUUGAAAUUUAGGGUUUUUUUUCAUGUGUAGGGUCAAGAAAAAUUGUUCCUUACUGAAGUUUCAUACUUAUCAUGAAGAAAAAAAAAAUUGGAGGAAUUUUUAUAGGACGCAAACGCGUUUGAAGGGUCUCCAGAAAGUUUUGAAUUAGUUCUGAAAAAAUAGAAAUAAGGUGAGAAAAGUUAGGCUUGGUAAUAUGCGCUCCAUGGAGAAUUGGAAUGAAAUUUUUGAAAUUUCGAGAAAAAUGACAAGAAUUUUUUCUUAGCCGUGACGCGACCGCAAACGCGUCUAGAGGAUCUGAAGAAAAUUUUGAACUGGUUUUGAAAAAAAAAAGAUGGUCAGUUAGGCUCAGUAUUCUGCGCUCCAUGGAGAAUUUGAAUGAAAAUAUUUAAAAAAAACCGAAAUUUUGAGAAAAAUUGACUCAUAGCACUUUUUAUAAGCCGUGACGCGACCGCAAACGCGUCUAAAGGAUUUAAAGAAAAUUUUGAACUAGUUCUGAGAAAAAAAGUGGAAAGUUAGGCUCGGUUUUUUGUGUUCCAUGGAGAAUUUGAAUGCAAAAGUUGGAAUUUUGAGAGAAAGUCGAUAAAAUUAGGUUCGAGGUUUUUUUUCCACUGCAGACAUUUAUUAUCCAUGGAGCGAAGAAGUUUAAAAAGUGAGGUUUUUUCCAGACCAAGAACAGAUUUUUCUGUUUUGCGAAUGAAUCGGUUUCGAAUUUCCAACCGAUCUUUUGGCCUCAUUCAACUUUUUUUCUUCCCAUUCGCCAUUGUCGGACUUUUUGAAUGACGUCACGCUCCGGAGCUCACACAUGCAGUGCAAAAGUGUGUGUGUGUGUAUGGAGGGACGGAAUGUUUGUGCAGGGAAAAAUGCCUCAGGCGCCACACGACGAGGAGGAUCCGGCCUCGCCGACGCCGACGACAGCCUCCACCCGGAACGGAAACGAACGGCCGUUUCCCAGAGCAAUGAACCCCCCUUCUUCGAGGGAUUUUUCUGGGAGUAAUGGAGAGAUUGGGGUUAGGGGAAGAAGCUGGGUUUUUUCGAAGUUUUUGAGAUGUUGGAGAUGGUUAGAAGUCGAUUUUUUCAAUUAUUUCUGGGUCCAGGUUAGGUAAAGAAGCUAGGAAGGGUUUUUGAAGAUGAAUUUGGGAAUUUUUGAAGUUUUGGAGAUGUUAGAGAUGGUUGAAAGUCCAAUUUUUGCAGUUAUUUCUGGGUCCAGGUUAGGGAAUGAAGCUGGGAAGGUUUUUGAAGAUGAAGUUGGGACUUUUUGAAUUUUUUGAAAUGUUAAAGAUGGCUGAAAGUUCAAUUUUUCCGUUUUUAGAGGUUAAAUGAAAAAGCUGGAAAAGUUUUUUCAUAGGUGUAGUUCCUAGGUAUAGGUAAAAAAUAGAAGCUCAGAAUUUUUUCAGUAAAAGCAUUUUUUUGAUUCAUAUCUUUUUUUUUUUAGUGGGGUUUUUGACGUUUCAGUGACCACUAUAGUAGUCAGAUUAGUCGCCACUUAAGGGGUUAAAAAUUAGUGACCACUAUAGAGGUCUAAGUGCUACUACUAGACCACUAAAAAUUUUAGUGGCCACUUUAGGGGUCAAUGGGUCAACAUAACUGGUCCAAUCUGUAUGUUUUAAAAUUGUCAGAGUUACUAUAAGUAAUACUGCAUGAAAAACUACUGAAGUGGCCACUAAAUAGAGAACGCCACAUUUUUUCCUGCAAGUUUUGUACGGGUUGUAACUUGUUUUGUUGGUAAUUUAGAAAUGAAAUGUAAGCCAAUCAUCUUAUGUUUUUUUGAAUAUUUCACGUGUAACCGACCGGUUGGCAACGUCACUGGAACAAGGUUCUGCCCGAAACUUGAGAAGGUUUUCCGCGCCAGACUUGAGAUUGUUUCCAUUGUCUCCUUUUUUUUUGCUGCACUUUCCAUCCUCGGUGACCUGAGAAGGACUGGCUCCAAUGGCUCUUUUUGCACCAUUUUUCUCGCGCCACAAGCAUUGCUCAAAUAUAACUGAUGCCUUUCGCAUUGGAUUCGGGUCGAAAGAGCUCCUGUUUGUGUGCUCGCGGAGCACACGCGGAAGAAUUCCUCUCCGCAGCCGCAAUUACACACUUGUCUCCGUGGUAUCAAGGAGUAUUUGAUGGGAUGUUCUUGGAAGAAAAGGGAUAGACGAACCAAAGGGCAAAAAUAGCCUCGCUGGCUGGGAAAAAGGGCGCCCUAGUUUACAAAAAAAAAUUGCGAGGUUUUUGGAUUUUUACACACUAGGAAAAUAGUCUUGAUAGAGGAGAAAAGGGCUUUUUGAGGUUUGAAAAUUUGAGAAGAUAGCUUUUUGGGAGAUGUAGAAGAUUGGAUAAGGUUAUUUUAGGGCGAAAAAUUGGUCCAUUAUAGGUAAAUUUCGGAAUUUUGUUCUAUGAGUUCAGUAGAAGAUUUGAGCUUGAGUGAGAUUUGAAUUUGUGAAAAAUAUAGAAAAAAAUUUUUUUUGUGCUUAAUCCUUUUUUGGGCUUUUUUUAGUCUUUUCUGAUUUUUCCGGCUUUCCUGAACUGGUUUUUAUUCACUAGAACGCGAAAACUAUCAUUCUCAACAGAUAGUCUAAUCGAUAGCUUCUCGAAAGUUUUGUUGUCGUUCUGCUCCUCAAGAAUGACCAGCAAAAGAAAAAAAAAAGAGCCUUCUCGUGGAAAAAUCGGCUCUUCUUGGAGUGUCCCUCCGACGAUACAGUCAGUCGAGAAAAAGAGGGAAAAUAGUCAGUGGCCCGACCCAAAAAUAGAGAAUUUCUUCGCGUCGGCCCCCGUCUAGAGCUUGCACCCCCACAAAGAAAAGGAACAUUUGUUCGGAGAAAGAGAGAGUUUUGCAACGGGAAGAAGAAAAGUGCAACACAACUUGAUCAAAUAGCAGAGGAAUUAUUGUUGAAGGAAGGAAAAAAAAGGAGUCUCUUUGGUCGAGGAACAAACCGGUAGUAUCAAGUUCCUCGUUGCGAGGAAUGGCAUGCUUCGAAAUAUUCAGAAAAAAUGAUGAUUUUUUGGAAUUUUUGGGAAAACGUUAGAUUUUGUGGGGUGGAAAAGCCCUUGAAUCUCUAAAAAAUGCUGAUUUUCGUCUUCCAUAGCCUCUCAAGAGGUCACUGAAGGGAUCAUUCAUUUCAAGAAAUAUGUGAAUUUUUUUUAGUUUUGAAUACCACAAAAUUGAGCAGUAACUUUUGACCCAAGCCCGGAAAUCGAAAUUUGAAGUUUUUUCGGCUUUCCCGGUCCAUUCCAGAAAAUGUACUCUAAUUCCGUGGUAAUUUUCUGAAAUUUCACAAAAAAAUUCAAAUUUUUUUAAUAAAGUAUCUCUGAAUUUGAAUGAUUUGGGACUUUUUUUCAAAUUAAAAAAUGAAGAAAAAGUUUUGAUUUUCCUUGAAGUUUAGAAGCGGCGGUUUCUGCUAAUUUUCGUUUUUAUAGCCCCUCAAGAGGUCACUGAAGGGAUCAUACCUUUUUCAAGUUUUUUGGAAACCUCGAAAUGUUCAGUUUCCAUUAUUUUUGGCCUAAUUUUGCUUCAAACCAAUAUUCGAAGUUUUUUCGAAUUCUGAGCGUUCAAAGUCCCCCUGUGAUCUGACCAGGGAACGUUCCCCCCGUUGAACUUUUGUAUUUUUUUGAAGUUUCAUGGUGAGCUUGAAACCGAUAUUUGAAGCUUUUCGACUUUCCUGGUCCACCCCAAAGAGAUGUACUCUAGUUCCGUGAUGAUUUUUGAUUGGAAAAACGGUUAUCUUUUUCGGUCGACCGUGUUGUUGUUGUUGAGGAGAGGUUUUGGCGGCGAAUAAUUUGAUUCUUAUCUCGGAUAUUCUUGUUUUUCGACGCGUUUCCACCCCCCUGGAGACUUGCGCCUGAUUCACUUGGAUUGGACUGUUCAGAAGGGAUUUUUGAUGUUGAUCAGAAGUUUUGUUUUAAAAUACGAAUAAUAAGGUCCAAAUAAAAUCUUCAAAAUAGGCCAUUUUUUGGGACUUUGAGCCCUUAUUUCUCAAAAACUAGAAAAUUCUGCAAGUUGAGGCUUCCUGAAUCUUCUUCCAGUACAUUAAGAAGUGUUCUGACCAAUUUUCAGAAAGUUCCCAGCCAUUAAUUGUAAGUAAAAUGACCUCCCUUGUGAGCAAAAGAAGGGAUGAAUCGAUUUUUGAAGUUUAAAUCAACAUUUUAAGAAGAAAAAAGCGUUUGGAAGUUGUAGAACCGGUCAUUUUGAACCGAUAGUCCUUUGAAAAGAAAAUGUUUAAACCCUAUCAUUAUUCUCAAAUUUUUCAGGGUGGUGUCUUGGAAGUUGGAGACGGCAGCUCGACGUCGAUUUUCCGGUUUCAGAAGCAAAAUUUGCAGGUUAUUCAGUUGUUUUCACUCAUUACAUGAACAGCAGCAAAAAGGAUUUUUUUAAACCCCUCUAGUGACCACUUGAAUCAAUUUUUGAAGUUUUUGUUGAUUUUCAAGGGAAUUUUUGAUAGCAAAUGGCCAGGAAUUAUUCAAUUUUUUAAUAUUUUUUUUAAAAAUUUCAUUUUAGACGUUUUUGAUAAUGAUGAUCUAUUAGAAGCUUAUUAAUUUGUUGUUAAAAUCAGAUUUUUUUUUCCCGAAUCUAUCAAUUUCGGUCUUUUUUUCACCUCAAAGUCAAGAGAAAAAAAGAGAUUUUUCGAUUUUUUGUUCAAUUUAUGAGCUCUGGAAAGUUUUUAUUCACAUUUUGAGUAAUUCAUUGUUUCUUUUCAGGGAGAACCGACGGACGCUCUGGUCCAACAUUCUGGUGGCUUCGUGAGCAACGUCGGCGUCUACAACAAAAAAAUAUCAAGUUGGUUUUUGUUUUUGAUGGGUAAGCCUAUUUCCUGUUUCACUCGUUAUACAUAGACUGAAAUAAAUAUUACGAUUUGUUGCAGCAGGUAGUAAUGCUUGAAAAAUUGCUUUAUCUUUUAAGGAGGUAUUUUUUUCAAUAUUCUCGGCAAGUUUUUAGUGGUCACUAUAGAGGCUUCCCAAGACUACUUGGAGAGGACACUAAAGUGGCUACUAAACCCACCUCUAUAGGGACCAGUAUUUUCCGUUUUAGUGGCCACUUCAGUAAUUUUUCAUCCAGUAUUCCUUCCAGUAACUCUGAUAAUUUUAAAACAAACAGAUCGGACCAGUUAUGUUGAUCCAUUGGCCCCUAAAGUGGCCACUAAAAUUUUUGUGGUCUAGUAAUAGCACUUAGACCUCUAUAGUGGCCACUAAUUUUUAACCCCUUGAGUGGCAACUAAUUUGACUACUAUAAGGGCCACUAAAACGUCGAAACCCUAUAGUGGCCAUUAAAAAUUUUCCCAAUUGGGUUUUCGCUACGGUGAGUGAACUAUUUCCUCAAAACCUGUCUUUUUCUUGAAAAUCUCUUUUUUUUUGUUUGAAUUUUCCAGAUAAAGUUCGCCCAAAUAUCUCCUUUUUUCCCCUCUCUUUAGCGAACAAAACUAGUUCUUUUCCCCCCGUCUUUUCUACUGAACACUUGUAUUUUUUUUUUCUGUACGGUUUAGUCACUAUUUGGCGCGCGAUGACGUAAUUGCAAAGUUUCUUUUCAUUUUGGGACUGGUUUUUUUCACUUCAGUUUCGAAGUACCGGGGUUUUUUUGGAUAAAUUUUGUAUAGUUAUAAAUUUCUAUUGGUUUAUACUUUUUAAAAAAAUUCGUUUGAUAAUUUUUUUAUGCGGAAAAAAAUUGAGUUCUAAGCUCUUCUUACUGUUUCAACUAGGUUUUAUUUGAAUAUUUGUGGUUUUUUUCUAUUCGAUCAGGUUUCGUUCUGAGAAGUUGUACCUAGAAAAAUCACAAAAAUCAUGUUUUUUUAGUACUUUUUUUCGGAAAAAAGUACUGUUGAAAAUUGAAUAAAGAAAUAAAAGAAGGCCAAAACUCGAAAAUCUGCAACGAGAACCACGUGUCUCUCUCUUCCACGAUAACAUUGACAAUGUUUUGUCACCAAUUUUAGCCGCCGACUACGAUUUUUGGCGUAAAAAUCGUUCAUUUUUCGGCGAGAAAAUAUCACAUGACCAUUGUUGUACGUAUUUGUGUUGGUAGCCAUUUUAUUUGAUGAAACGGCUGUUGGCUAUUUUUGGAGGGGGGACUUUUCCAAUGAGGAUUCUUUUGGUUUUGAAAGGGAUUUUUCGAUAAGCGAAAGAAAAAUUUGAAUAAAAUACUUCCUACUUUUGUCCGGAAAAAAGUCUCAAAAUUGUCAUUCAAAAGGAAAAUUGGUAGUAGUGCGCCAGAGCGUCUUUUUGGGGCGUGUUUAGAGAGUGAUGAGGGAAACUUUUCCGAAGCUUCAUUUUGUUCUAGUAGUUGUUUCGAAAUCUUCAAGAAGCAUCAUUUUGAAGAUUUACUGUAAAGUUUCGUUCAAACUUUUGCGUCGUGCGUCAGAGCGUCUUUUUGGAGCGUGUUUUGUAUCUCGAAUUUUUAGUCAGAGAAGUUUUUUGUUGAUAUUACAGGCCUAAUUUUAUUUUUCUGAUUAUUUUCCAAUUCAAACCCGAUCGAUAAACUUUGUUUCACUCUUCAAAAAAAAAAACUGAAUGAAUUGACCUUUUUAUUCGAAUUUUUCGUCCUGAUUCAAAUGACUUUUGCCCUUGCGAUCGGUCGUUUGCCCCGAGUUGUAAACAUUUCCAGCGACAGGUUGCAACCAUGUGACCCUUUUCUCUCUCUCGAUUUUUCCCUCAUUCUCCUUUCCUUUCUUCAUUUUUCCCAGUUGAGGAUGCUUUUUGGGGACUUGAACUUCAUUUGAAAAAAAUAAUAAUUUUUCUUCAUCUUACAGUUUCAGGAAAUUCAUAUAAAUUAGUCUACUUUUAUUUGAUAUUCGGCGGGGAUCGAUUUUCGAAAAUCAAGAAAAUUAGUUAUGAGUUUUGGCAAAGUUCCAAAUAAGGCCUUUUUUUUUCAAGUUUUUGGACAGGUUUUUUGGGUUCUCCUGAGAAACUUUUAGUGGCCACUGUUGUAGUCAUAUUAGUGGCCACUUAAGGGGUUAGAAGUUGGUGGCCACUAUAGAGGUCUAAGUGCUACUACUAGACCACAAAAAAUUGUAGUGGCCACUUUAGGGGUCAAUGGAUCAACAUAACUGGUCCAAUCUGUUUGUUUUAAAAUUAUCAGAGUUACUGGAAGGAAUGCUGGAUAAAAAGUACUGAAGUGGCCACUAAAUAGAGAACUUCUAUAGUGGCCACUAAAAACUUUCCCAGCUCUUUCUAUUUUUUGGCUAUUUCCCGACCGAAAAAAUUGAAUUUCCCCAAAUUGAGAACUAUUUUUUUUAGCAGAUUUGAAGAAAAAGGUACCUUGAAACUAUCAAAUUUCGAUUCCAGAUCCAAGCGACGGACAAAUCUUUGGAUGAGACGCGGAAACGGGCUGAAAAACGGGCCGAGGAGGAGAAAAACCGGGGAACCAAGCAUGUCAAGUUCGUUUUUCUACUCAAUUUUUUGAUGAAAAUUAUGACGAAAAAUGAUCGUUUCCAGGCAACGGAAAGACCUCAACGGAAAGUCGCGAUUGGUGGCGUCGACGUCGACGACGUCGCGGCCCCCGACGACGUCUUCUCUGGCUUCUGGUUCCUCGCAGAGGGUUGGUUCGAGUUGAAACGAGGAAAAAUAAAUUUCGUCGCUUUUUUAGAGUUUGAGCUAGUGAGAAAGGUGUCAUUAGAAGGAAAAACAGAGUUGAAAUACGGAUAAAGAAGGAUCUCCAGAGUGAUUCCUAUAGGGGCCACUUUAGCGUCCCUUGAAGGCUCCCCUUUAGGGACCCCUGGAGUUUGCACCACUUUUUGUUCUCAGUAGAGGCUGUUUUUUUCCUUCAAAGCCCUGGAGGGACCACUAUCGCGUAUCUGAGUUUAUUUCAUUCUCUAAUGGCCCAUGAUUUUUGAAAAAAUUUUUUGAAGGUUUUUGAAUUUUUCAGUUCUAGAGUCAUUCUCAAACCUAACAUGAAAAAUUGAGAGUUUCUGAUUUUUUUUUUCUCUGGAGCAAAUAUUUUUUUUUAGAUUCCUUCCUCGGCGCCUCCACCUCCAUCAACAAGCGCCCAGAAGAAUGGUUAAUCUUUUUUCUUUUUUUGAAAUUUCCCAUUUUCCUUUCAACUUGUUCUACGCAAAUUUCGAACCAAAUCUCUUUUUUCAAUAAUUUUCCAAUUCCAGGUAUCAAGCCGGACGUUCUCCGUGGCGAGCUGAAGCGACAACCCCUCCGAAGUCGCGUCAUCCACCUCGUCGUGACCCAACGCUUCAAAAACUCGGAAGAGGUCUCGCCACGAUCCCAACCUUCUCCUUCUCCAACCAAUCCAUUCUGCAGAUCUUCAAAAAGCUGCGGUCUGACGGCGUCGCCGAGGAGACGGACCUCCAGAAGCGCGUCGAGGAGAUGGUCCGCGAGCUGUCCGAACAGCUCAACGACCGUCUCUCCCUCAAGACCACCUACUACCCGAAGGUCGACCCCCGAUGGCCUUUCUACACCCCCGACGAGAAGGCCAAAGUCCGGAAACUGCUGGCGGCCGGCAGCGGCGUCCGACCCGCUCAGUUGGAGUCGUCGUCGUUCGCGCCGAUGCGCAAGUCCGGCAUGGAACGGAUGCAUCCCGGCAGGAACGCCGACAAGAGCGCCUCGACGGUCCUGACGCCUCAGGGGCAGACUGUCAGUCCGGAAGGUUAGUGGGGAGCUGGAGGCUCCUUCUUUGAGAUCUCAUUUAGCUCAUUCAGUCUCUGAUUAUCUUCUUUUGAGAAAAUGAAAGACUUGAAGUAGUGGAUUGACUGUCCGAAGGUCAGUAGGAGCUUGGGGCUCAGAAAAAAUCUUCUUAGUUCUCAAUGAGCUUACCGAGUCUCUGAUCACCGGCUUUUUUUCAACUAUAAGUGAUCAUAACUUUUUCAAUAGACCUCCAUGUCAAUUUUCAACAAUAUCUUUGGAAUCAGCGUAAAAAACUGAUUCCGCUGGCCUUAUCUGAACGCUCCAGGCUGAUAUCCGUUUCUACCAAGAAAAAAACCUUGACUUUAGCAGAAUGAACCAAUUUUUCCUUUCCAGCCAUUCCAACGCCUCCGAUGUCGAGACCGGCUUCCGGCGGCAGUACUGCCAGCGCGAAGACGUCGUCGGCCCCACGAGAUAGUCCAAUCAGCGACGAAGACACGAUUCCGCUGAUGCCGACCGGCGUCAAGCGGAAAGCCCACGUCCCCAACGUGGCCACCUCCACCACCACGACGUCUUCGAAGGAUCCUGAAGGCGCCACUUCGGAGAAACGCCCGCGUCGUCUGGAGAGCGCCAGCCCGCCAGAUGACCCCACGACGACGUCGAUGCUCCAUCACGGCGUCCAGUCGAGCGUUCCCAACUCGGCCACCACCGCUAUGGUUAGUGCAGAUACACUUUUUUGAGCUUUUCCAAGAAGAACUUUUUUAAAUCCGUAACUCUUUCUGAGACCACAGUGGACAUUUUCAGUCGAAGCUGAUGAACACGACGAGCCUGGCCCCGCCUUCCCGGUCGACCUACAACAACGUCGGCAGCGCCAACAACGGCGGCGGCAGUACCGCGUCAUCGCGAAUCUCGUCGCCCGCGUCAUCGCUCUCGUCGCCCAGCCAGCCCUCCUGCGACUGGGAAAAGAAUUUCGGCGAGGUUCGACCUCCCCCAAUCACCUGCCUUCAUCUCUUCUCUCCUUCAGAUCAAGACCCUCGAAGAGGCCGAAGACUACUUCAGCAUGUUCCACAAGGAGUACCCCAUGUACAUGAAGUACUAUGGAGUCCUCACCGAGGUUGGAAUCGAAAUGGUCUUCUGUAGAUCCGAAGAUUUUCUCCAGGUCUCCAAGGAGUUCCGGAACCUCGAGCAGAAGCUCAACUCGGCCAACAAGAAAGGCACCGGGAAAGACGUGGCCCACGUUGAGAGGGAGAUCCAGAAGCGUUUUGCGCAUUACGAGAAGAAUCCCGACUUUUUGAGGGUGAAUAUUUCGUGUCGGUUUUUCAGAAGGAGCUUCAAAAAAUCUUGAGGCCUUUAUCGUGAAACCAACUUCAAAUUUUGCACCUGAAAAAAAAAAGAAAAAGCUUAAUAAAGGUCACUAAAAACUCAAUUUUAAAAAAUUGAUCAAGUAGGAACUUCUUAAGUGAUCCCCUGAGAUAAUCUAAAUUUUUUGAAAAGUUGUUUCGAGGGAAAAAAAAUGCGACGAUUUUCUAGCUAGACCUGUAGUUUAUAUUAACCAUGGAGCGCACUUGUUUACGAAAAUCCGACUUUUCCUGGUUCGGAAAUGCUAACUGGACGUGCUGAGCAUUUCUAGUAAUCACUUAAGAGUACUAAAUCCCCUAAAGGUAUCACUAGAAAUGCUCAGAAACGUCCGCUUUGAGUUACCCAAGGUCCGAGUACGGUUUCCAAAGAAUCCUGGUCGAUUUCCCAUUUAUCACGUCAUUUGCAGGCCCGACAGCAGCACACGGAUCUUCGGUCCAAAUUGGCCGUCCUCAAGUCGCGGAUCACCAACUGGGAGAUUGCCCAAGAGCGCGCACUUUCCCGCGGAUCUUGA